AUGUUGACGCCGACUUCGCCGGUGACAAGCAAAUGCCCGCUCCACCUCUGGUGGGCGGCUGUAGCAGAGGAAGGUGUUGACGAUUUAAAUCCACCGACCUCCGCGGCAGUAGCUGAGGCAUCUGCGAGCUGGGCCGACCUAUCUGAGGUUACAUCUGCGCCCGCGUCAUCAUCGGCUGGCCCAUCUUUGAUUCCCGUGAAGGAAGAGCAGGACGAAGUUGACAGGUAUCAGAUCGACGAGGCGCUCAAACUUUCCAAGGUCUUAGCAACAAUUGCAUACGCGGAGGAGGUCGCAGACGAUCCCGUCGCGACAGGGGACACAUCUUUGCCUUCUGAUAUUGAUCUGACAAUCUUUGACACUGCCGAGCCGGAUAAUCCAGCAGAAGCAGCUUUUGGAGACAUAGAUCGAUCUCGCGAAGAGGCACAGGCUGAGUCCACUGAAGCUCCUCCCGCACACACUGAGGCCGAAGUAGAAACAACUGAUCUUCUGGACUUAGGUGGCGAAACAACUGCAGCCGAAGCAUCCGUAGUUGAAGCAUCCGUUGCAUCCGAACCUAAUCCAGUGGUCGCAGACCCAUCCGGUGUCGCGACAGAGGCCAACACAUUAGAUUCUUCAGAAAUAGUCCCACCACCUACUAGCCCUAACUUAGUUCCCCCUGGAACUGAACCACUUAGGACUGGUCAUAGCCCUGCAGGUCCUUCCCAGCCGUCUAAGCCUAGACAGCGCAGCCGUAGGGGUUGUCAGAACACCCGCAAGCAGGAAGCCUUAAGGGAGUGGCGGGGAGAUUUUGAAGUGUUCCAGCGUUGGCUUUACGAGAAUUCUGGAGGGAGGAUUGUAGGAGGCCAUUGGUUGCAGAGAAUCUCAUACGACGACGCUGACGAGGACCAGAG